GCCGCCGCCUCCGCGCCCCUUCGCCUCCUCCUUCUCCUCCUCCGCCUCCUGCUCCCUCUCCUCCUCAUCAUCAUCCUCUUCUUCUCGCCGCUCGCCGCCGCCGCCCGCCAUGCAGGCCUUCCAGUACCCCGAGGUGUACCGCGACGAGACCGCCGUGCAGGAUUACCAUGGAUAUAAAAUAAGCGACCCGUACUGCUGGCUUGAAGAUCCCGAUAGUGAACAGACAAAGGCAUUUGUGGAUGCUCAGAACAAGCUUACAGUACCCUUUCUCGAAAAGUGUCCUGUCAGAGGAUUGUUCAAAGAACGAAUGACUGAACUCUACGAUUAUCCUAAGUACGGUUGCCACUUCAAGAGAGGAAAAAGGUAUUUUCACUUCUACAAUACAGGACUGCAGAACCAGCGAGUUUUGUAUGUACAGGACUCCUUGGAUGCUGAUGCCAAAGUUUUUCUUGAUCCAAAUAAGCUUUCUGAUGAUGGCACAGUGGCUUUACGAGGUUAUGCAUUCAGUGAAGACGGUGAAUACUUUGCAUAUGGCCUGAGUUCGAGUGGCUCUGAUUGGGUUACUAUCAAGUUUAUGAAAGUGGAAGGUCCUGAGGAUCUUCCGGAUACACUGGAGAGAGUUAAAUUCAGUUGCAUGGUAUGGACUCAUGAUGGAAAAGGCAUAUUCUAUAACUGCUACCCAAAACAAGAUGGGAAAAGUGAUGGCACUGAGACCUCCACUAAUCUGCACCAAAAGUUGUAUUAUCAUGUAUUGGGAACUAACCAGUCAGAAGACAUCCUAUGUGCUGAAUUUCCUGAUGAACCAAAAUGGAUGGGUGGAGCUGAGGUGUCAGAUGAUGGUCGCUAUGUCUUGCUGUCUAUUAGAGAAGGCUGUGAUCCAGUGAACAGACUGUGGUACUGUGAUCUACAAAGAGAGUCUCAGGGUAUAUCAGGAAUACUUCACUGGGUGAAACUGAUAGAUAACUUUGAGGCUGAGUAUGAGUAUGUCACCAAUGAAGGAACAGUGUUCACUUUCAAGACAAACCGCCACUCUCCAAAUUACAAGUUAAUCAACAUUGACUUCAGUGAUCCAGAGGAAUCCAAAUGGAAAGUCCUCGUCCCUGAACAUGAAAAAGAUGUUCUAGAAUGGGUUGAUUGUGUGAGGUCCAAUCUCCUAGUUUUGUGCUAUCUGCACGACGUGAAGAAUAUCCUACAACUUCAUGACCUUGCCACAGGUGCACAUCUCAAGACUUUCCCCCUAGAGGUUGGCAGUAUUGUGGGAUAUAGUGGCCGAAAGAAGGACACUGAAAUAUUCUAUCAGUUUACUUCCUUUUUGUCUCCAGGUAUUAUAUAUCACUGUGAUCUGACCAAAGAGGAACUGGAGCCAACAGUUUUCCGAGAGGUGACAGUGAAAGGAUUUGAUCCUUCGGUUUAUCAGACUGUUCAGGUUUUCUACCCUAGCAAAGAUGGUACUAAGAUCCCUAUGUUUAUUAUUCACAAGAAAGGAAUUAAAUUAGAUGGUUCUCAUCCUGCCUUCUUGUAUGGAUAUGGAGGAUUCAACAUAUCAAUUACACCAAGCUACAGUGUGUCAAGACUUAUAUUUGUGCGACACCUAGGAGGUGUUCUAGCAGUGGCAAACAUUAGGGGAGGUGGUGAAUAUGGAGAGACCUGGCACAAAGGUGGUAUCCUGGCCAACAAACAAAAUUGCUUUGAUGACUUUCAGUGUGCUGCCAAAUACCUCAUCAAGGAAGGCUACACAUCCCCGAAGAAGCUGACUAUUAAUGGAGGCUCAAAUGGGGGCCUCUUAGUUGCUGCCUGUGCCAAUCAGCGCCCUGACCUAUUUGGUUGUGUUAUUGCCCAAGUGGGAGUGAUGGACAUGCUCAAGUUCCACAAGUACACCAUUGGCCAUGCUUGGACCAGUGACUACGGUUGCUCUGACUAUAAAGAGCAGUUUGAAUGGCUGUACAAGUACUCUCCACUCCACAAUGUCAAGCUGCCAGAAGAAGAUGGUGUCCAGUAUCCCUCUAUGCUGCUGCUCACAGCGGACCACGACGAUCGUGUGGUCCCGCUGCAUUCACUGAAGUUUAUCGCUACUCUGCAAUAUGUCGUGGGCCGAAGCCAGAAACAAACCAAUCCACUUCUCAUCCAUGUUGACACCAAGGCCGGGCACGGGGCAGGAAAGCCAACUGCUAAAGUUAUAGAAGAAGUGUCAGAUAUGUUUGCUUUUAUAGCACAAUGUCUAAAUCUUGAUUGGAUUGAAUAGGCAAAAUGUGUAUUACUGUCUCCUUCAGAAAACAAGGGCUUUAACACCAUUUAAGAACAGCCACGCUACUACUUGGCGUAGUACUUACAUUUAAGAAGUGCAGUUUGGUAUUUUAUUGAUCUGACCUGCUAUGGAGUUUUGAUCUUCUAUGCUUCCCUUUUUUUGGCAUUUCUUUGAAUUUCUUUUCUACUGCAUUCCAAAAUACAUUUUGAAAAGCAUGUUCAAAUAAAUAACUGAGCUACUCUCAGUUACUGUUGUGAAAAUUUAGAUUCCAAACUUAGUGCUAGUUGAGCUUAUUUCCUGUAAACAAUUUUAAUGUAUUUCACACCUAUAAACAUAUCCAGAUCAUUUGUAAUUAAAUGUAAGUACUGUCCACAUACAAGAACUGUGAGCAUACUUUAUUUACACAAUAAUUUAUUUUAGAAUGUAAAUUGAAGGUGUUCAGUGAUAACCGUGAAAUACUGAAGAGACAGUAAUCUGGUUAAGUAAAGUAUUGUUAAAAACAUCCUGUUAUAUGCUGUUCAUAAACAUGUUACAAUCUAUAAUAAUGACAUUGCUAAAUUGUUCUUUCUUUCCAAAGAGACUUCAAAAUGUCACCAGUUUUCUCUUCUGCCAUUUAUUUCCACACAGAAGAGCAAAUUGGAGGCUGGAAAACUUGAAGAAUUCUUAGAUUCUCAUUGUAAUCUCAGUCAAGCUAUACAGAUACUCUUCAACAACUCAUAGGAAGUUAUCUCUUUAACUGUUUUUAAAGAGUAGACCAGGUACUGAUUUAAACAAACAAACAAUGACACAAAACAAAACAAAAAAUAAACACCUCAAACCCACAACUUUGUCUGGAUUUUUCAAGUUUACUUUUUCCCGAUGCCUUUGACAGAAGGUUCUCUAACAAGCCAAAAUCUGAACAUACAUAUAUAGCCUAGUUUUGGCUGCAAAACAACAAGAGCUUGUAGUCAGACUCCCUAAUGAUUUGACACACAUACAGUAUUUGAACUGCCAUUUUUCCCAUCCAGGUUGUAGAGCUAUAAAGUAGAUGUGAGUAUUUGCCUACUAACUGUCUAAACUCUGAUGCACUGCAGCAAUUAAAAUUUGAUGUUGCAGAGAAAAAAGUAUUCUACCAAUGAUUAUUAUUAUUAUUAUUGUUGCCCUUCCAGAAGACAUCACUGCUUCUCAGUUUUGGAUGAACUGAUAUAUUCUUCCAGAAUCAUGAUUGUCAUUGUAUUCAUACUUAGACCCUAAGCCUGUGUUUUAACUCUGGGCUCAUCUCUCAGGAGUUUCAUCUUUAAGCAAACAGUGUCUCGGUGCAGAAGGAGGAGGGUGUGGUAUUUAAAAGAGGAGGGGGCUGGUCUAAACAACAUCAAAAAUAAAAAUAAAUUUAUAUCAGAUUCACUCUGUGUUUCUCUCAUGAUCUGGUCUUCUUUGAUUCCCUCUGCAAUCCAGGAAGAAUCAUCCCCUUCAGGCCCUUAUUAUGUGUAAUUUGAUUUUAGAAGGAAAAUAAUGGAGGGUUUCUGCUUUCUUGUGAAAUACCACACUAAAACCUGUAUGUCAUCUGGGGUUUAUUUGUGAUCUGUGGGCAUUACGGUUGUUUACAAGAUUCUCCGUGGACUGAUGCCUUCUGAUCACAGCAUUGCAUUAAACAAUCAGAAUAGGGAGUUGGGGGAGGGGUGUUUUUUUUCACCUCCAGGCUCUGAAAACAGGGUUCAGGUUCAGCACCCUCCAUUUCCCAGAGGUAUGUGAACUGCUCUCUGUGGUCAUCUGGAAAUUUUCAACAGCUUAACCACAUGGCAAGAACAGCCCAUAAGGCAGUGCCAUGCCCACCUCACAGUUGCAGCAUGUAGCCUUCUGUUAAAUGUAUAGUUAUCAUCAAGAGGGCAGAACUUCACCUCUGAUACAGAGCUUUGCAGGAUAGAGUGUGUGGGAAAAACGGUCCUCAGGCAUUCAAGAAAUAGACACACAACUGGGCCAAUGUGUGAUUUGGGCACAGCCACCUCAGUCAUCUGUCCAUGUCUUUGUUCCUAAAAAUGCUUUUCCUUGUUCUCCAGUUGUUCAAACACCAAACUUUUGGCACAGAUUAAAAAUAACUCCUUUUCCUCCUGAAGCUUUCUGCACUGAAUGACUCAGUGUCAGGACAGAUGACCCGUAACCUGGAGAGUCUGGAACCAGAAUUUCUUGUUGAGAGACAAUCAGUAGGAUUGAAGGUGGAACUGGCUUGCUGGAGGACCACUCAUAAAAUAGGUGUUCAAGAGUAUCCCUUGUAGAAUGCUGGUAUCAGUAUAGGGAAGGCAUUUCUGUAACAGGGUGUUAGUGUUGGCAUUUAUUUGAUAUUAAUCAGGUAUGCCAAAUUCAGGAUUCAGGAGUGAUGUUGCAAAGCUGUCUUAUUAGCUGAGUUGCUGCUUUUGGGGCAGAAAGGGUCAUGCUCCAACUGGAAUCUGUAAUUAAGUCUGAGCUAGUAAUGCUCUUGUAAUAUAGUGGGAUUUAAACCUUCAGGGCUUGGAUUAAAUAGACUUGCAGCCAAACCAUUCCUGCUGUAUAAAACUUAAUGAAAUUUCUGUUAGUCUAGCUUCAAGGUUAAGUUCUUCUCUCUAUGGUAGAAAUGCUAUUUUAUGAAGAUACUCUGUAUUUUGUGGCUUUUAUUUCCAGUACAUGAAGCUGGGCAAGGUAACCUCCUUACAACUAUCUGCUUUUUCAAAAUCAUAUUUCUUAGGAAAAUUGAUACUAAUGUUUUGCACCAAGAUCAA